AUGAGUAUGGCUGUAUCAUUACAGAAAAAGGAGGCAGGGAUGCACGGCUUGUCCGCUUCUGAACUACAAACAACGCUCGACACUUACAGAACGCUCACUAUCCACUGCUUGGUAGCUGGAGAUUACCUUCGUUCCAGCGCGCAUACGGUUGAGACGCUAUUAUUGCACUUUGCUGUAGACCAAGAGGCCGACGCUGAUGCAAAUAUUGGGAACUGGGUCCUCAUGGGUGUUAUCAUAAGGAUAGCCAUGCGGAUGGGUCUUCAUCGUGAGCCGUCUCACUGGCCAAAUAUCCGACCUUUGCAAGCUGAACUCCGGCGACGAGCCUGGAUAGCUUUGUACAGCAUCGACUUCUUCACCAGUACCCAAAUCGGACUUCCACGUAUCAUCAAAGAUUCUCAAUGCGACACUCGCCCGCCCUCAUAUCUUCUGGAUAGCGAUAUUGGUUUUGAGCACGAUACCCUACCGCCUGAAAGGCCACAUUCAGAGCCUUCCAUGUUGGCGUUUCAUAUCCACAGGCAUGGAGUUAUCAAAGUUGCUGCUGAGAUAUACGACACAACCGAAGCAGGGCCACCCUCACCAACUACUGUUGCGACCCUGCAGGCCAAGCUCGAGAAAGCCACGAAUUCCUUGCCGCACUGGCUCAGGCUAAAGCCUCUCCAAGAGUCGAUUGCGGACAGUCCAGCCACACUCCUCAAUCGAAUGAUGCUCGAUAUCAUCGCUCAGAAAGCCAUCUAUCUCCUCCAUCGGCACAGUUUCGUCAGAGGGUCUGCGGGGGAAGAGAGUGUCAGAUCCAGUGAGAUAUGCAUCAAGGCUGCCCUAUCCAUCCUGGAGCACCAGCGACGCAUGAACGAAGAAACUCAACCAGGAGGCCUCAUGUACAACAUGCGCUGGAGAGUUGCCGCACCACUUAGAUCCGAGUUCAUGCAAGCUACCAUGAUGCUAUGUUUUGCGUUGAGUAGAUACGAUGCAGGGCGAGAUUUGAAUAGGCGAAGUGAUAUCUUGCAGGCUUUGAUUAUAGCAAAGGAUAUCUGGGAGACGAGAUCCGACCAAUCUCUUGAAGCUCAAAGAGCUGUCAAGGCAAUAUCGGUCAUGCUUGAGCAAGAUCGGAAGAGUUCGAUGUUUGUUUCUUCACCAUCCACCACAUUCAAUCCAUCAUCUAUGCCAUCCGCGGAGAACCACUUUGGCGGUUUUGAUAACACGUUCGGUCAAACCAUGGCAUUGGAUCCGUCCUUCUUCUCGAUUGGUGAUGACAUGACAGCGUUGAGUAAGGUCAUGGAUGAGUUCAUGAAUGAUACAGCUGCAACAUCGCCUUUCGGAAACGCAAUCUGA